ACUUUCUCUCUUUGCGAAUUCUUCAGCUUCAUUGAAGCGCUCUAGCGACUGCUACCGCCAGCUCUUGCUCGCUACCUUGAUGAUUCUUUGGAUGAUUGACUACUACAUGUAGUAGCAACCAGGUCAGUGGUUGGGGUUGAAGCCUGCAUUGACUGUAAAGUGGACGACAUUGCAGUACCGAUGGUGGGGACUGUAAACAAUCUCAGUAUCACCGAUGCUGAGUCGUAAACUCACCGUGCGACUUGCAGCUAGUAAUAGCAUGGACCAACGACGUUCGUUUCUCCUCGUCCUAGCAUGUGCUUUCUGCUGUCUGGUCGGCGCUCAAGGAGACGGCCCGCUCUCGUGUGAGUCCGUAGGUUGCGGCAACUCGAAUCCUCACGGACGCUGCAGCUGCGAUUCGGCAUGUAUCACCAGGCCCAGGGUCGACUGUUGCUUCGACUACACGACGCUGUGUGUCGAACCGCCUACUGUUCCGUCACUUUGUUCAGAUCGACCGGCCGGUGAGCAAUGCGUGCGCUCGACCAAUCCAUUCCAUACUUGCCAGUGUGGACCGGACUGCACUUCUCACAGAGUUGAGCCGGAUAAAUGUUGUCCAGACUACGUUUCUUUGUGCACAAAUGCAACUGCGAGUCCAGCACCGAAUGCCACUAAUCAAGCCACUGCGCCAGCAACAGUUGGUAGCACAGCCACAGCGCGUCCUACAACGCCACUGGCAACAGCACCCCCGAGAACUCUCUGUGCGAACGAAGGCUGUAUGUUCAGCGACCCUCUAGCGGCGUGCAGGUGUGACCACGCUUGCAAACUUGUGACCAAUGACGAUUGCUGCGAUGACUACGAUGCGGUGUGCGUGGCAUCGAUACCACCUCCGCCAAGACCAUGGUGUGCUGAUCGCUCUGUUUCUGAACAGUGUACUUUUGUACAGGCUAGCAGCACCUUACCUUGCCAAUGUGAUGCUACUUGUCACUUGUUCACAGAAGGGCCUAAUGCUUGCUGUCCCGACUGGAAGAGCACUUGCGGGCAAGAAGGAUUAUCUGAAGAAAACGUCUUUUCUGUGUCUCAUUCUCGGGGCAUCGGAAUGAGUAUGGCAGCAAGUAUGUCGACAGCAGAGAGCAGCCAGCUGAGCACCGGUAUUGGUGAUGGCACUAUGACAGAUUAUGCACCUGACUGGACCUCAGUGGCCACUGGUAACAAUAUGCCAUCAACAAUGACCAGCACUGUCAUCUCGUCAAGUAGCGUGAUGUUGCCCAGCGGAACGAGUACUCAAACGGCUGCGCAGGCCACUGUGCCAACUCCAGUUCAAACACCCAUGCCUGCGCCUGUAUCACCCUCAACACCCCUGAGUUCCGCCAUAUCCGGGCCCUCAUACCCUGCCAACAGCCAACCAGUAUUCAGCUCCUCGAUGUCAUCAUCCAUGUCAUCAUCCAUGUCAUCAUCCAUGUCAUCAUCCAUGUCAUCAUCCAUGUCGUCAUCCAUGUCAUCUGCUGCUCCUGGCCGGUCAGUAUCAGGUCAGUCCCCUAUGCCAUCAUCGGCUUCGCUAUUUCCCACAAAUCUGCCUCCAGUGCAGGCCUCUUCUGCCAUUAACCAACCCGUGAUGACUUCACAGUCUAUGUCGUCCACAGUCCUUGUUAGCAAAGCAAUGACAUCAUCAACAGUAGUGAGUAUGCCGACAGCACUUCCUUCCAUAGCAUUGCCAAUGACGCUAUCUGCCACAUCUGGCAAUGCUAUGCCGUCAGCAGGUACGUUGUUGCCCCUGGCCAGUACAGCUAAAAAUGCCGUUCAUAGUACCAUGACUACUGGCGCUUCAGCAUACAAUUCCCAGCCUCUUGGUGUGCACAGCACUUCUGCACAGCUUCCUCAGUCCGUCGAGAUGUCGCCAUCCACCCCUGUAAUGAUGUCAUCCACCCCUGUAAUGAUGUCACCUAGCCCCGCGAUGAUGUCACCUAGCACUGUGAUGAUGUCACCUAGCACUGUGAUGAUGUCACAUAGCACUGUAAUGGUGUCACCUAGCACAGCGAUGCUUUCAUCGGGCACAGUGCUGAUGACGUCCAGCACUGUGAUCCCAUCCAGCACUGAAACUAUGUCCAGUGUUGUGAUGAUGUCGCCUAGCACUGUAGUGGCGUCACCCAAUACUAUGAUGAUGUCACCUAGUACAGGGGCGGUAGUGGGCACAACAUCGACCGGAUCACCAGGCUUCCCUUCACAGUCAAGUAUGGCGACAGCAACUGCGAGUUUCCCCACUCCUCCAGCUUCCGCGACAACAACUGUGCUGACGAAUAAUGGCACACAACCAACUAUCACUACGCAAACAAAGGUGACAAACCAGCCAACACCAUCGGCUUCCACUACAUCUAAUCCACCAAUGAAUGUUACUAGUAGUACCCCACCAGGAACAACACCUGUUAAUGCAUCGGUCAACAGCCUGACAAGCUUGCCAAGUACAGUGAAUCCCAGUACAUCAUCUGCUGUUUCUAAUACAACAGCCAACUCUACAGCUUCGACGAACACUACAACUCCACAAUCUGUGGUGACAACGCGUGCACCAAGGAACUAUUCCACGGGUUCAGUUUCCACUGCAUUAGGUAGCCACACAAUGUCGUCAACGCUGUCAGCAGAAACUACCCAUGCAUCAACUUUUCACACUACGGCAGCAGCAUCUGUGUCAAGGAGUACUGCAACGCAGCUUACCUCGAGUAUACCUCAAUCUUCCUCCACGGCUACUAACUCUGGGUCAUCAGUGACAUCAGCAAUGAUGCCAACAGCUUCAUCCAACUCCUCCACAUUGUCAACCUCAAGCACAGCUACACAAGCUCCAUCGACUAAUCCCAUGGCUUCGGCAACAGUGGCUACAACUACGGCAACUGCAACAGUUACAGCAGCAACGACAGCAGCAACAACAAAAGCAUCGACAGCAGCAACAACAGCAGCAAUGUCAGGAGCAACGACAGCAGCAACAACUGAAGCAACGACAAAAGCAUCGACAACAACUGAAGCAACAACAGCAGCUUGGUUAACAUCUACUUCUUCUGCACAUACUACAAGACCCUCACCAACGUCACAUGCCAGGACUUCGGCUGCAGUAAAGACAUCGACGGCACCAGUGCCACCAACAGCUGGCGCAACGUCAACACCAUCAAGAGCAACUACACCACGGCAAAGCACAGCCAGCCUGUCGACCGGUGCUGCUGUUGUCAGCCAACGCAGUCAGCCAAACUCAGCAAGCGUCAGUACCUUCACCUCGCCAACAAGCCGGCAGAACGAAACAUCCGUGCCAAACCAGGGAGGUGUCAGUAUUGGCUUGAUUGCCGGUUGUGCCGCCGGCGGUGCCGUAGUUAUCAUUGUUGUUGCUCUACUGGUGAUCCGCCGUGUCCGUACAAAGAAGCGUAGACGCACAGCAAUGGCCAUGACAGACUAUCUCCUGGACAGUGCGAGUGGCACUUCGAACACCAGGAGACAUGGCAGGGGUAGUAGUAGCGGCAGCAGGAGUGGGCGCAGUUCUCAGACCUCACAUCUCAGCAUUUACGGCGAUAUGGAUGAUGACGAUGAUGACAUACUGGACGGUGCUGGUACAUUCAGCGAGACACCCCUGUUGUUCAAUUCUAGCAAAGGCUCACAGCAAACAGACUUGAUCCACCUCUGACAUGUGCACAGACGCGCCACUCACAUGUCUUUCCUUGACCUGUCACUAUGCUCGUACUAACUGCAAUGGCGACCAUUACAGGGGCACGUGUUCUCACGACCUGGCGAUGCUUGAGACCAAGUGAAACCUCUGUCAGUGCUGCAUGUGCAAUGUAGGCUGUCAUUUUUCUACACGUACGUAAUUAACUUCUAGGCUUGAUAUACCCUCGAUUCUCUCCUUCAAGUGGCAUUAAAUGUUCUUGCUUUUGGGACUUUUUGUCAUUUUCUUGACAUUUCCGAUCUACACUGAGUACUAAUGUGAGGUACAGGUAGCAGCUUCUUCCCUAAGGGAAGAGAUGAGCAAUACAUAAUUGCUUCUCUUUGCCAUCAUUAAUCAAGUGCAAAUUACUACUUUGGAGAAUGGGUGGUACUGGCUGGUAGAUUUGCAUCAACACUGAGAUACAGACUGAUUAUGCGAGAGAAAGUCUUCAGCCGACAUCACUGCAGCAGAAAGCACACAGUUGGACAUCGGUACCAACAACAGAUGAUAUGAAACUAGGUGCUAUGCGCUAAUCAGUUUACACACUCUUGUCACCAAGGAUUUGUUCUUUUUGAAGUGUUAAACAUGAUAUUGUAUAAUGUGAUGAUUCUGUCCUCCUCAUGACGGCAUGCAACAGCUGUAAAAAAAAACCGGUCUGACCCUCCUA